UCAUCGGUGGAGUUCUCGGCUGAGAUUACACAGUCGCCGGCUGACUUUCUCUCCUACAAAAAGCCUUUUGUGCCGGGAAUAAAUACGGAAGUGGCCGAAGAGAAGCCUCUCUGGGUUGUAUGUAGUAAAGGUGCAAAGACUGUCGGCUGUUUGGGGCUGUAAAAUUUGACAGACGUUUUAAAGUUGACUGUAGUCACCUCAUGACUAAAACAGGAAGAAGGAUACAGUGACCUAAGGAGAGACCAAGUUUGUUAACUGUGUCAAUUGAGGAGACUGGUUGUCAGCCCUUGUUGGGUUCUUUCUUGUAAGUUCAGAGCAGAUGGACAGGAUAAACUGAGCUAGCGGGAGGAUUGGCAGUCACUUGCAUCAGGAACAUAUCUGAAUGUUUUGGAAGACAUGGAAGACGGGGACAGUUCUCUGAAUGGCAGCGAUGGCCCCAGAAAUGAGCAUCCAACAGAACAUGGAAUUGAAAUAACCCAAUCUAUCCUGAGUAAGUUUUCCAUGAAAUCCUUUUUUGGAUUUACUUCAAAAUUGGAAUCCACUAAGCCAGCAGAGGAGGAUGCUGUGCUUAAAGCCUUCCGAAAUUUGGGAUCUGAGCCUCAGCUGCAGCUGGAAAGCAAUAACAAGAACCAGGAGGCCAAGGCCCAGUCUCCACCUGUUCUCCUGAACUGUAAAGGUAAUGCAGAUGUGGAGCCUGAGCCAGAAAAGGAAGGAUGCCCUGGGAAAGAACAAGAUGAGGGGUUUCUUUUCAGGCAAGAGCUGCAUCCAUCCUCUGCUCUGAGUCCAAGCAGAGAUGAUGGUCUUCUUGUUCAUGGGACCCUUGUCCAUACCACCAGUGAUUCAGAAUCUGAGGGUGAAAGUCGGGAAGAGAAAAAGGGUAAAAAUAUUAGCAGUACAAUGUCAUUAUCUGAGCCAUCUGUGGACCCAAAAGAAACACCUGCAGAAUCUCAAAAAAAUGAAUCCAUGAAUGAGGUGGAUGAAAUGGAGCUCAGUGUAGAAGUUUGCUCAGUGCCUCCGUCUGAGUCAAUGAGUGAUUUGGAGCAAAAGGAAGAUAGCCUGUCCACAGGAUCGGGUCCUAGACAAGACCAUCCUGGGGAAGAAGAUUCUCCCACCAUAGCUUGGACAGUAGAUAAGAGCUCAUUUGUUGGAAACUCUGAAAAUGCCUCUUCCAAAAAAGAAGCCUCGGGGGAGAAAUCUUUCCAGCUCCCAGUCUUUUUUAGUGGGCUACGUGUGCUGAAGAAAGGGGCCACCACUGAGGGAGGUGAGACGAUAACUGAAAUUAAACCAAAGGACAGUGACCUGGCUUUGCUUAAACUGACGCAGCCUGUCCAAAAAUCUCGGGCCCAACCAGGGACACUCUCUAGGAAGAGUGGGGAGAAAACACCUGACCUGAAAGCCACUCCUACUCUGUUAGAGCAGAUCUCUCAGUUGCUAAACAUUGAUAUACCCAAAACUGAACAAAAAGGAGAAGUACGUGAGCAGUCCAAGGAAGAAGAGAUGGGUAGUGAUACUGACCAAGAGAGUCAGUGCAAGGCUGAUGUCCCAUCUCAGAACGAAGAGCUUAAACCUAAGCCCCCAGAGACUGCCCUGGAGGCCUUUAAAGCCUUGUUUAUGCGGCCCCCCAAAAAAGGGUCGACAGCUGACACUUCUGAGUUAGAAGCCAUAAAGCAGAAGAUGAGGCAUGAGAAGGAGUCGCUAAAAGCUGUUUUUGAGAGGUCCAAGUCAAGGUCAGGGGACAGCUCAUCUGAUUCCAGAAGCGCUGACCAGAGUCCCACUGAGCAGGAUGAUAGAACUCCUGGACGACUCCAGGCUGUGUGGCCACCUCCAAAGACAAAAGAUGAAGAAGAAAAAGUGGGAUUGAAGUACACAGAAGCAGAGUACCAAGCUGCAAUUUUACACUUGAAGAGGGAACACAAAGAAGAAAUUGAAAACCUUCAGGCCCAGUUUGAACUGAGGGUCUUCCACAUUAGGGGAGAACACGCUGUAAUAACGGCAAGACUAGAAGAAACCAUUGAAAAUCUGAAGUGUGAGUUAGAACACCGAUUGAGUGGAGGAUGUGAAACGACAAGAGAUGCUUGCAUCUCUACAGAAGAUGAUUAUCCACCAAAGACCUUCCGAAAUGUCUACAUACAAACUGACAGAGAGACAUUUUUAAAACCCAGUGAAGAUGAGAGCAAAACCAUUAAAAGUAACCAAAUAGUACCCAAAAAACUGAAUAUCUCCUCUCUAAACCACAUAUCUCCCCCAAAUGAUAACAAAGAUAUCUCUUCAACCCUCCAGUCUUUAGAAAGUUGCUCAUCUGGUCAACAAAAGUCAUCUCCCCCUCCUGCUCCUCCACUGCCAAGCAUCCCUCCACCUCCUCCCCUUCCACCAGGACUUCAGCCUCUACCAUUUUCAACACAAUCAAGUGCUGGGCCACCACCACCCCCUCCUCCUCCACCCCCUCCUCCUCCUCCACCACCUCCUCUUCCCUUACCUCUAAGCUCUGGGAGUCCCCUCCCCCCUCCCCCACCACCUCUCCCUAGCACUGGACUCCCACUUCCACAUUCUCCAGCUCCUCCAGGAAUUGGACCACCACCUCCUCCUCCUCCUCCCUUUUUUGGAGGCAACACAUCCUUUAGCCAGAUUCCUCGAAAGCCUGCCAUUGAACCCAGCUGCCCCAUGAAGCCUCUCUACUGGACAAGGAUACAAAUAAGUGGUGGAAGCCAAAGUAGUACACCAACCCUAUGGGAUUCCUUAGAAGAACCUGAUAUUCAAGACCCAAGUGAAUUUGAGUAUUUAUUCUCCAAAGACACCAUUCAACAAAAGAAAAAGCCUUUGUCAGAAUCCUAUGAGAAGAAAACCAAGGUCAAAAAGAUCAUCAAACUGCUAGAUGGAAAAAGAUCUCAGACUGUGGGAAUUUUGAUAUCUAGCUUGCAUUUAGAAAUGAAAGAUAUCCAACAGGCAAUUUUCAAUGUGGAUGAUUCCGUAGUAGAUUUGGAAACAUUGGAGGCCCUGUAUGAAAAUAGAGCCCAGAAGGAUGAGCUGAUAAAAAUAAGGAAACAUUAUGAAACCUCCAAAGAAGAGGAACUUAAACUACUGGACAAACCUGAGCAAUUCUUAUAUGAAUUAGCCCAGAUUCCAAAUUUUGCUGAACGUGCCCAGUGCAUAAUCUUCAGAUCUGUCUUUUCCGAAGGUAUUACCUCUGUUCAUCGAAAGGUGGAGAUCAUUACACGGGCUUCAAAGGGCUUACUAGACAUGAAGAGCGUAAAGGAUAUUUUAGCCUUGAUUCUUGCUUUUGGGAACUAUAUGAAUGGAGGAAACAGGACUCGGGGUCAAGCAGAUGGGUAUAGCUUGGAAAUUCUGCCCAAACUCAAGGAUGUCAAAAGUCGGGAUAAUGGGAUUAGUCUAGUAGACUACGUUGUGAAAUAUUAUCUGCGCCAUUAUGAUUCGGAGGCAGGAACAGAGAAGAGUAUUUUUCCUCUCCCUGAACCACAGGAUUUCUUUCUGGCUGCCCAAGUCAAGUUUGAAGACCUCAUUAAAGACUUGAGAAAGCUGAAGAGGCAAUUGGAAGCAAGUGAGAAGCAGAUGGUGGUUGUGUGCAAGGAGUCCCCAAAGGAGCAUCUCCAGCCUUUCAAGGACAAGCUAGAGGUGUUCUUUCAGAAAGCAAAAGGAGAGCAUAAAAUGGAAGAAACCCACGUGGAGAAUGCUCAGAAAAGUUUUGAAACAACGGUAGGAUAUUUUGGGAUGAAGCCAAAGUCUGGUGAGAAGGAGAUCACACCCAACUAUGUGUUUAUGGUGUGGUAUGAAUUCUGUAGUGACUUCAAGACCAUUUGGAAGCGAGAGAGUAAGAAUAUUUCUAAAGAAAGGCUGAAAAUGGCCCAGGAAACAGUCAACAAGUUAACAGCAGAAAAGAAGGUGGAGACAAAGAAAAUCAAUCCCACUGCCAGUCUGAAAGAAAGACUGCGUCAGAAGGAAGCCAGUGUGACCACCAACUGAAAGGAGACAUGAAAAGGAUGACAGUGGGAUUUGAUAAGCUUGCAUGGUGCUUUACAGGGUGACCGGUGCCCUGGAGAGCACUUGGUAGAAGACGUGGUUACCAACCAUUUGCUUUUGUUCUACUUUUCCUGAAAUUAGCCAAGGAAAGCUCUCCAGAUCUUUGCAAAGCAAGACCCUCAAGAAGCCAGAGGAACGAGAAGCUGUUUACAGGAACAGUAGAAAGAAUUCUGGUAACUACACCUUGGGGGUAUCCAAAGGGAUCCCCUCUGCUAAGUGACUAAUGGAUGCACUGUGUCUAUUCAAGGCUUAUUGACCAGAGCAUGAUAUAUAUAUGUUGCAACAGAUGAAGGAGGGAGCUGUUAACAACACAUCUGCCCUAUAAGAUCAUUCUUAAGCCUUGGUCUUCACUCGCUGCUGCUUUGAUGAUUGACCCUACUUUAAUCAUGUUGGAAAGAACAUGCAUCCUUCUCAGAAGGGUUAAAGAUUUCUAUAUAUAAAUAUACCCUGUAUUUUAUUAUUUUACUACAACUAUUUUUAGAGACCCAAGACUUUGUAAAUAUCCCAGGUUAAAAGGUCGUUUUGCACACCAGUGGGGAGGGGAAGAAGUAGCCAUAAACUCCAUUCUCCUAGGAGAAUGUCUAAUGACUCCAGGUAGUUGGCCUGCACUAAUUCCCUUGUUUCAGUGUGAUGACUGUUUGGUGUUCUUCCCUCUGGGUCUAGGUAUGCAGGAAUCCUGCAUACUCAACUCCCAGAAGACAAAAAAAAAUUUACCAGAACAGCUUGAGGAUCAAAUUCAUUGCUUGUCCAGAAGAGAAAAAGUGGCAAGUACAUUUUACAUUUCAGACUGGUGUUUGAUUAUGGAUGCCACAGAACAGCCUGACAUGAAUGGUGUAGUCCCCAAGUAAGAUUUUGCUGCCAGAACAGUUUAAUUAGGGAGUCCCUGGGUUCCUUCUUGCUCCUGUAUCAAAAGAGAUCAGGAGUCAGAUGAGAAAACUUUCUCACUAACAAGUGAUGUUUGUGGCAGAUAGAGGUCCUCAGCAUGGAAAUAAAUGAGCAUAGGGGAAAGAUCUUCCCGUCCAAAAGAAAAAAAUGGAUAAGUAGGCUACUCUUGUUUUGUUUUGUUUUAUGAACCUGAGAAACUAAGAGUAGCUACUGGGACAUGAGUCAUGAUGAUACGGUUGUGAGCCCAGGGAAAACCCAUCACGGACCCUUCCCCUGACCUGACGACCGUUACUCCCCUUGUUUGCCCUUUGGUUCUCAGGUAGAAAGCAUGGGACAGGGAGGAAAGUAAAGAGAGGUUUUAGGUGAUGUUUUUGAAGACAGUAAAGCUUCCUCUGCUGAUCAGUAGGGGACCAUCUAGAAGCAAGAAAUACCCCGUGAGUGCCUUUUCCCUCCCUACUGCCUCUGAUAUCCAUCGCCCUUCUCCUCAGGCUCCUAGACCAUUCCUCCUUGUCAGGUCCCUGAGUCUCUCUCCAUUGUGUGGUCCCCACCAACCUGCCAGUCAGCAAUCCUUUCAGGAAUUGUUGCGAAUAGAAGCAUCUAAUAAAAAUACCACCUCAUCCUUAACACAGUUUUUAUCUCUAAGGAGUUUUUAAAAAUGCAUGAUGAAGGUCAAAUCAAAGCAUAGGAAGCAUACUCACACAGGUGCUAAUUGUUUUCUUUACGCUGCCAGAAAAAAAAAAAAGGAAAAUGAUUAGCUUUUUGUACUCCCAAAUAAAGUGCUAGGACAAUCAAGGUAAAACAUCUAUGCAGAACUAUGAAGGAUUUACUAGAUCUCUUAGUUAAAGAGACUUCUAUCACUGAGUUCUUAUGUUUCCUAUUCUGUCUCAUUCAGAUGUGAUGAGAUCUCUGGGAAUUUAUCAACUAAUAAAUUUGAUGGUAGUGACCCUUUUAAAACAAAGGUCAUCCAGUACUGUCGGGAGUUCCUCCUGGUAUUUACACGUGGAAGAAGAGUGUCCAUUUAGCCCUAUUCAACCUAGAUCAGUGUAAAUUUUAACUUGAUGAGAGGAUUGCAGAAGGGAAAUCACUAUACAGUUAGACUUACUCUGCUAUUGCCAGAGAGAUUCCCUGGACCAAGAAGUAGAAUAUUGAAAAGAACAAAUGCUUUAAGGCAAUUAGGAUUGCCAUAUUCCCCCCAAAAAGAACAUCUUCUCAAACAGCUAAAGGCUAGAGAGGGAGAGCAAGCAAGUAGCUGAACAGACAGUUAGGCAAAUGAAGCCCAAGUUACUGGCAGUCCUACCUUUAUCUUGGUUGAAGCAAUAGAACUUGAGAGUAAAAGAAAAAAAAUUACUGAAAGAGUGAGAGGCUUUUGCCUUCAUCCUGCUGCCACUGAUAAAACCUGAUGGACUGGUCACCUCCAGCCAAAUGUAGCACAUUAUAUUAAUACUUCAUACUACUGUUGCCCCUGUCUCUAUUACCCUUCCCCAGUUUGUCAGUGUAUUCACCAUUGAAAAGAGGCCUCAGGUUAAAAGGAGCCCCAACUAUUCCUCCCAAGAAGCACAGACUGAAGCCCUAGUUGAUAGUCUACAAAUGUCAGCUGCUAGACCCUUCUAAAUGAGCACACCUUAACACAAGAUUGGAGAGGAGGUACAGUAAGGUUCCUAAGAUGUCUGUCAUAGAGCUACUUUGGAUUUGCCUGAAGCCCAGAGAUCAAUAGAUGAGUUUAUGAUCAAAGAUGUAGACGUAUAAGCCAUUGUGAGAGCUAGGUGUAGUAAAAACCAAAUCUACGAUUGAUGGAUAUGUUUGUGUAUGUGUGCAUGUGACUACCCCAAAGUGAGGAAGAAUAAGGGGAAACUCAUCCAGAACACGGGACAUUUCCGAAGAGGAGGGGAGCUAUUGCAGCUGCUGAAUUCCCUACUCACUUUUCAGUGGAAAUGCCCAUAUACUUCUAAGGGAAGGAGUUGCUAACAACAGCAUAUCUUCCUAUCCCUCAAAAAAAAAUAUAUAUAUAUACAUAUAUACAUAUACAUAUAUAUAUAUAUAUAUACACAUAUACAUAUACAUAUAUAUAUAUACACACUUCAGCUGCGUAUGGAGUAGGCAGGGAACUGGGUUCAUGGUAUCCAACUCUCCCUCAACCCAGUAGAAAGGGCAAAUUGUUAGUAACUACCAUCACCUGACCAACCAGAUCCAGAAUCCAAAACUAGAUCAAAUGGUCAAAUGUGACCAUCCACUUAAGUACUCGUAAGGUAACAGCUUCUGAGCAUGUCCCCCCCUUACCCAAGGAGCAUGCUAAUAUCCUUGUAGCCAGUUUCUUGGUGCCAUAAAUCCCAAGUCUGCAUGUUUACUGAAGUCCAGAUUCUUACAAAAACUGAUUGCAAUAAGCAUUGAUUGCUGGACAUGUAUAUGAUGCUUACAUAUGUUAUUGCCUAUCCAGGUACAAAGGCAAGAAAGCCAUAACAGGCCACAGAAUAACCUGUAUCAUAUUAUAAAGAAUAUUAGAAGGUGGGCUCUCUCUUGCAUACAGACUUCUAAUCCAAGUUGGAAAGGAAAGAGGAAAAGCCAAGUGUGGGUAAAUAAGAAUGGAAAUAUGAGUGCUAGAUGGCAUUUCACAGCCUAGCAUCUCAAUACCUGGUGACAAAACAUGGGAAGAAAAUGGUCAAUCAUGACAAUCAUCUCGUGCAACAAGAAGGUGCCUUUUAAGCAACUGAGCCCUGUUUAUAGGAAGUGCCUUCAGAGACCCAUAGCAACUUGCUAGGGCACCCAAGGCAAGGGAAAACAUGAAAUCUGGAAAAUAACAGAGGGAAAUCCUGCAUUUUUCCAACUGAAAUGGAUUCUAUCUUAGAGUUAGCAAAGGGAAUGAACACAUGAUUUUUCAAUGAAUAUACAGAAAUCACUGCAGGUCUGGGGUUGAACUAGGUGAUCUUUAAGACCAUUUCUAGCUUUCAUGGUCUCUAUGGAGUCCCUUCAGUGAGGUAACCACUUUCACAUUAAAAUCUCAAAGCCUACUACUGAGAAAAUUGGAGAAAGUGCACUUAUUAGGAGAAAAAAUUGAUAUAUGGGGGACUGUGAAUGACUUUAAAACUUUAAUGAUAUUGAUGGAAUGGUCACUGUUAUUUUCCCAAGGACCAGUUGUAGAUGAAAUAGGAGAGCUACAGGUAUACUCGAAUAACAGUUUGCCUGUGAGUUACAAAUCUCACCAUAGAUUUUGCAUCCUGUUCUCAGGCAGUUUUCGACAUAAUUUUAUUAUUGCUUCUCUAGAUGUUUCCAUUACUUGCUUUCUCCCACUAUUGUUCCCAACCUUGAUGGUUUAUAAUAUAAAAGUAUACAACAGAAAGAAAAUAUAAAUCUUAGGUCAUACAAAGGUAGGGCAAACUCCAGGAUUCUACUUGGAAUAAAGGAAGCAGGACACCAAAGGACUUGGUUAUUACACAGGAUGUGUACCCACCAUCAACCCUGAAUCAUAAACAGUGGGUAGAAAGCAAAUCCCUAUUGUAAGAUAUGUGAGAUCUCAUCUUGUAUAAGCAAUGAAUUUAAACAGUUGUGAUUACCUGAUGAUUCUGAGCAGAGUAGUCCCCAACCCCUGUUUGAAGCAUCUAUAUAAGUAAACAUGAACUGUUUGUAGUCUAGAUGUGAAUACUUAGGAUGGUGGAAGCCAAUUCCAUUUGAAAAGUCUAUAUACAGGGCCAAACAACAUAUUAUGAUGCAAAAAGCCAUGGACUGAGUUUGAGACCUUGCUCUGCUAUUAAUUGUUAUGUGACAUUGAACAAAGCAACCUUCCUAGACUUCACUUUCUCCAUCAUCAAGACAAAAGAGUUGGACUACUUAAAUGUCCACUCUACUCCCAAAUGCUAUAAUACCAAGACAAAGAGGUAGAACAAAUCUCUUUUAAAUUGAUACCAUUCAGCACUCCAAAGAAAAUCUCAAGAUCAAGUCCUGAACUUUGUCUUAAAUUUGUUGGAACACAAAAUUACUUCAAACUCCUCUUAAUGGAUAGUGAGGUCAACUUUAAGUUUGUAUUAUUGGACUAAUGUUGUUAUAAUUGAAGUGUGGCAUUGGCAAGAGAAUAAGAAAAGAGCAAGAUGUAUCCCCGAAGUCAUUGUAAGUUUUUGUAUUUGUCAAAAAUUUCAUGAUCAUUCAUCCAAAUAGAGUGGUGUUUCUUUUCCCAUGUCCUCUUCUCUGUCAUGUUGGUUUGUAAUAAGCCUUUCAUUUUCAUUUUCAGCACUUGCAGGCUUGACUCUACUUUUAAUGGAAUGUUGUCAACAGUUAGUGAUUGUUUAGCACAGAAUUUGGUGCUAGAGCCUUUGUUAUGCAAAAAAUAGUAUGGUCAAUAAAGACACUAAGUAACAUUUAAAGUGAACAGACUCCCUCAAGAUUAGACUAGAAUUUCUUCCUUAGGUAGUGGUUCCAUUUUGAUUAUUUAAUUGGCCUACAUCCUAACUAUGGCUACUCAGGAGUGGCUUGCAAAAGUGUGGAAUAUCCAGAGGGCAUGGACCCCAUACACAUUAUAAAGUCCAAUGAUCGUGCUUCAAACAUCCGUCAGUUGACCUUUUGAAACCCUGAUGUAGUAGGAGAAUGGGAUGAGACAGUGAAUGUAAGAAACCAAACUACUGAUUUCAUUCCCUUUACUUCUUGGUCAUAAUAAGAAACUUGCCCCUACCCUAUCCCAAAGAGCCCCUGGGGUUGACAUGCAUGUGAAAUAAGUCCCAUAUGGUCAAACUAAUCUGGAGUUCAACACACGUGGCCAGUUUGAGUCUUUUCAAAAUGCAAAAUAACCAAAGUUGUUGUUGGAUAGCUUUCCACUUUCAAGCCACAUGGAGAAAUAAUUCCAUCUGCUUAGAAACCUCCCUCAGCAUUGGCCAAGAAUUGCACAUGAAGAAAAAGCACCUUCAAAAAUGGGAGCCAAUAAAUAUUUGAUCAUCCUUUUUUAUCAAUGUAACAUGAUAUUUGCAAUUCCAUCAAUUUGCAAUUGAUUUCAGGCAUAGUCACUCUGAGUGACAGGGAGGCAAGUUCUUCUUGUUAUUGGGCAAUGACGCAAAUGUAUUUCUAUACAGCCUGUUAGCUGUUGACACUUUGUUUGAGGCACUGAAUUCCUAUUUCACAAUUUUUAUUUCCCUCCCAAGAAGCAGUCAAAAGUCUCACAUUCUCUAGAUUAACGCCUUACUGGAAGUUACCAAAUUUAAGAUGCUCUUAAUAUGUCAGACUUGAAGCCAAUUUAGUAGGCUUAUUUUUUUUUUUGCUUAAGAUUCCUGAUCAACACUAUGAUGUGAAUUUAUCAAAGACAUGUAGAGCAUUAAAAUUUUUAUGAAAAUGAAGCAGUAGAAAUGCAAGUGAGAUCAAGCCAACCGGAGAUGUUUCAUACUCAUCCAAACCAGGGGGGAAGCUUUCUUUUUCCAAGAGUUGUGCAGGAUCGGUAACCAAUGGAGAAGACGGUGAAAAAUCCCACACUUCACUUCUUCUCAAAGGUGAACUUCACCUGGCUUAUCACUUUUGUUAUCUUCCUCCUCACCUCAAGGUUUGUCUCCUUGUCCUCCCAUAAACUGCCUCCCGAACCUAUAGCAAAUAACUGGCUUGACUGACUCUUUGUUGACCUACCUCAAAGAUUUUUUUUUCUCCUACUUCUUAUUCUCUAGAAUAUGUUCUCAGAGAACUUACUCUGGUGUUUUAUAGUCCACUUCUGUCCUGAGUAUAAACUGACUUAGGAUUGAAUUGCACAUUUUAUCUUAGAAGCAUUUGUUAAAGAAUAUUUUCUGCAUUCAAUGUGCUGGGAAAGGUAGCAGAAUUGAUUUCAGUUCUUAGACAAAGUGAUAGAUGAAUCUGCCCAUUUAUCUUGCCACACCACCUUCCCAUAAAAUGUCCUAUUUCCUAUCUUCUCCAAAAUGCUAAGAAUGCUUGUAUCUGUCCUUUGAUCUUAGCCUGAUCAAAAUAUUUCUGUAGGCUAUUUUUUUAUGCAUUGGGUGAAACUUGAUACAAGUGUGCUAGUAAAAUGUCAGUGAAUCUACAGUUUCUAGCUAGCUUUCCCCUGAGGAAUUUGGCAACCUUUAGUAUAAGAUUAAUAUAUUCCUCCUCAUGUGAGCCAUCACCUAUGCUGAGAAAUAACUCUCAUAAUCCUCCUACCUUUAUAAAAACUGGGGUACUGUCACCCUGAAGAAGGGGAAUACCUAAAUAUAAAGUAAGCAUUUCUUCAAGAUUAGAACAUGCAUUGCCAAUACAUUGUUGUAUACUUAGCAUAUCAAGCAUGGAAUCAUGAAAAUAUUUUCAGGAAUGUACGAAUAGGAAUUGUCAACAGCCCUGGCAAAGUUCAACAUACUUUCCUCUGUUCUCACUGAAAUUUUCCCUUCUAUUAGCAUCUCAUGGACUAUAAGCAUUUUUAUCUAUUCAACUGCCUGCUUUCAUUUUCCAGGUUCAACUUUCCGAAACAAAAAGGUGAUUCCUGCAAAUAAUUGGGCAUAGGGAAAUGUCUCUGAGUGGAUAUAUAUAAGCCUCUGUAAAGACAUUGAUCAGAUAUACAUAGUACCUAUCUUCUCCACUAUUUGGUCUUCAUUCCAUUCAGAGCUAUAGAAUGAAGAUGGGUAACAAAGUUUUAUGGGUACUUUCUCCUUUCCAUUGAGAGACUAAAAGUUCUACCAAAAUCUUUAUAUGUAAGACCAGUUUGGGGAGAGCAUGAAUAGUUCAAUUUUUAAUCCUUCAUUUCUGACAUAUGUAGAGUUGCUACCUUGCUUUUUGUCUGCUUUUCAAAACAUGGCCACCUCCUGAUUAUGACGUGCCUAAACCAAAAGUUUCCAUUUCUCCUUCUUGUAGCACUUUAAUAGGCAUUUUUCUUGAACUGUCUUCACUGGCCCAAUGCAAUGUAGGUUUGACUCUACUUCCUUGUACAAAAUGAAUGGAUAGAUGUCAUUGCACCUUCCUUGCAGGCAUUAUAAUUCUCUCUGUCAGCAGUUUCCCAAGGCAUAAAUAAUGCGAUCCUCACAUAGAAGCUUCAUUUAAAAAUCGUGAUAAGUAUUCAGUAAAACUCACCAAUCUGAAAUAUGCUUCCAAGAAGAGAAAGAAUAGUUUUUUAGUUAGAUUUUUUUUUCCAGGAAUGUUCUAAGAAAAAAAAAUGACAAUUAAUGCUCAAUUUCUCUUUUUUGACUUGGGUUUCAGUAUGAAUACCAAGUCAACAAUGGGGAUCAGGUUGUCUCCAAAUUUACUCCGAGGGGCCUAUGCCUUAGCCAGGAAAAUAAGCACUGCUCUAUAUGCCCAGGACCUCAAUGAAAUCAGGGAUAGGUUCUAAUGGAAAUCAGGAGGUGCACCUGAAAAGAUGGAAUAAUCUUGGCCUCUCAUAUCUGUCUUUCUGUGUUUCGUUUUCAUGGGAUCCCGUAUCUGAGGAAUCAAAUGCUUUGUUCUAGCCAGAUGCUAUCUUUUCUUAGCUGGGAACUGGGAGAUGGCGCACGGCAGAAAGAGGAUGGGAAGAGAUAGGAAGUAGAGCAUAUGGAAAAUUGGAUACAGAGCAAACACAGAUUUUUCAGACCAAUAAACUUUUAGUGGCCCCAUGGUUUUUGUACAUUCUCUGCAAAGAGUAAGAUGUGAUUUCUGAUGAGUGAGAUCUCUGCAGUGAGAUGUAGUGUGCAAACUUCUGUGUGAGAGUUCAGUAAGCCUUUGGUGGGAGCCAAAGAGUGCCCUGAAUACCCCAUUGUCCUUGGUGUUGAUCACUUGCUGGAAAUGUGCUGAAAUGGCAGAUGUCACAAUGAAACUGGCCUAUGUUUGCUUUGAUUAGUCAGUUAAAGGUACAUGUUUACUGGUCCGGUUCCAGUUUCUCUGAUCAUCUCCCACUGAAUUUCCAAGACUCCUUUGGUCAUUGGCAGGUUGCUUCAUUUUGCUUCUUCCCUUUUGAGGUUUCUCCCACCGUCACCCUUCCCCUUGUACUUCACAGCUGUUAUUUCUUUACUAUUACAAUCUCUCUAGGCCUCGGCUCUUUCCAUCUCUUCCUAUCAUAAAUAACUUUCCCCUUCAUUCUCUGCUUCAUCCCCACGCUUCCUGCACUUCAGUUCCAAUUCCUUCUCCCUCUUGACAACACCUUUCAUGCCAAAGGAUGCCCACAGGACAGUUAUUGACCUAGCCAAUUCUACAUUGUUGUACCUCUUGGUAGGGUUAUUGUUGCCUCAACACUUCAGAGACCUGCUUACACUAAACAUGCCUUCAAACACACAGAGAAUCAGGAAAACAAAUGGGGGAAAACUUUAUUGGUCUGACUUUUUCUUUUUUAUUUUUGACCUGGCUUUAAAAAUAAAGCAAAAUAAAUAAAGAUUUGCUUUAUUUUAAUGGGAGAUUAAUCUAUUCCAGGACUACUUGGCUUUCAUUUGGGUUAGAAAUGAAUUUUAGUAGAAGUUAUGGCACAGUUUGGGUAAGAGGAGGAAUAGUUAUUUGAAAAAUCAAACUUACGUGAUCUUAAGUAGUUAAAAACUUAAUAAGUUAAUUGGAUUCAGGUACAUUUCCUUUAAAAUAUUAAAUGUAUAUGUAUUUCUAACCUAUAUUUGCACAUUUAAUUUUGUAAAAGCUAAGAAAUGAUUAUGAGUUGGAUUUGUAAACAUCCUUUACAACCAAAUGAAGUAUUUAUUUUUAAAAAGAAAGGGUGAAGGAAUUAUUGUUGGUUUGUAUAUAAUGAAAAUAUAGAUAUAUAUUUUCCUCCUUGACACUGCUAUUCACCAUAUUAAGUGUAUUUUUGUAUGUAAAAUAUAUUGGUUAGAUGUUAUAGAUUGUCUACUCAAAGAAUUCAAUCUCCAAUGUAGCUAUUAUUUAUCCUGUGUUAUUCAUACUAUUAAUGUUUUAGCCUUCUUUCAAUUUGUUUUAAGAGAUAGAACCUAUUUUUUUUUAAUUUGCAGAGAACUACGUUGAUGGCUUAGAGAUGUAAAUUUCUUAAGGUUAUUUUAAUAAAUGUUUUCAUGUGUUCCA